CUAGUAGCUCCAAAUUCCAAACACAUGUCGACGACCUCUUGACCGAAGCGGCGCUCAAUCCCCGUCAUCUCCAAGAGCCUUCACCCAUUGCGCUCCUCUUCGCCUCUGGUAAGCAGCAGCAGCAGCAUCCGCAGGAGCAGCCAUGGCUUGCUCCACCCACCUCCUGUCCCAGAGCCUCUACCCGCUCAACCGCGCUAACCCGGCAGCCGCGCGCGGGCACCUCCGGUUCCAGGCUUCUCCCAGUGUGAGGCUCGGCUCCGGCACCAGUCGCCGCCGGGCGCUGGGCCUGAGAGUCGCCGCGUCGGCGGAGCAAGGGAGGAGGCAAGUGGAGGUUGAGUAUGAUCUACAAGCAAAGUUCAACAAGCUAGCGGACCAAAUUGACCAGAAUGCUGGGAUUACACGGCUGAACCUAUUCUCACCUUGCAAAAUUAAUGUGUUCUUGAGGAUAACGGGUAAGAGACCAGAUGGGUUCCAUGACCUGGCUUCUCUGUUUCAUGUGAUAAGUUUGGGUGAUACUAUCAAAUUCUCAUUGUCACCAAGUAAGAGCAAAGAUCGCUUGUCAACCAAUGUAGCAGGUGUCCCAGUUGAUGAAAGCAAUUUGAUCAUCAAGGCACUCAAUCUUUACCGCAAGAAAACUGGAACUGACAACUUUUUUUGGAUUCAUCUUGAUAAGAAGGUCCCUACUGGUGCUGGUCUUGGUGGUGGAAGCAGUAAUGCUGCAACUGCGCUGUGGGCCGCCAACCAGUUUAGUGGCUGCAUUGCUUCAGAAAAGGAGCUUCAGGAGUGGUCUGGAGAGAUAGGAUCGGAUAUUCCCUUCUUCUUUUCACAAGGAGCAGCGUAUUGUACCGGUAGAGGAGAGAUUGUUGAAGAUAUUCGGAAUCCAUUGCCAGCAAAUUUGCCGAUGGUACUAGUAAAGCCACCUGAAGCAUGCUCAACAGCUGAAGUUUACAAGCGGCUCAGGUUAGAGCACACAAGUCAAACUGAUCCCUUGGUAUUGCUCAAGGAAAUUACUGAAAAUGGGAUAUCACAGGAUGCCUGUGUUAAUGAUCUAGAACCUCCAGCAUUUGAGGUGUUGCCAUCACUAAAGAGGUUGAAGAAACGUAUAAUUGCUGCUAACCGGGGAGAUUAUGAUGCUGUUUUUAUGUCAGGAAGUGGAAGCACAAUUGUUGGGAUUGGUUCACCAGAUCCGCCUGCAUUUGUGUAUGAUGAUGAUGACUACAAGGAUACUUUUGUGUCAGAGGCCUGCUUCCUCACUCGUAAUGAGAACGAGUGGUACAGAGAACCAAUCUCAUCGAAAAUCACUAGCGAGGAAGAUUUACCUCCGGAGGUAGCAUCAGUUUCUGACUGAGGGAGUGGAUUCUAUAUUAGAUCUCAUUUUGCGGUUAUACAGGAUACAACAUACAGGUGUGCACUCACUGUGAUUAGCUUUAAAAUGGUACUUCCACUAGGAAAAGAACCAUUCCACCUUGAAAUUUGUUAACGGGACUAGGAGUAUCAAUCAUUGAUUUUGAAGUGUAGGUAAGAUCGUUUACUGUGUGUAUUUGCAGCAUGCGUCGUAGAAACUUGUUACGGGCAUACCAAGUGACACACUUGAUAUGACAGAAUACAUCCUCCCUGCAAAAACUGUUUGCACUUCCUGUGAGUAGAAAGCACCAGGUUUGGAUUUUA